AUGGCCCCUCCUUCGCUGCACCCUCUACCAGCAAAUCCAACUACUGGACAACAACCUUUCGCGACUUUAGGCUCAAGAGGUAUCAGUUCAGUGGCGCCUGCAAGUGGAUCAAGUGGAGGUGUGAAUAGGGAGACGUUGAAAAGCUUACACGACGUUUACUGGAGUGACGAUGAGGAUGAUCCCGAUUGUUUACUAUGUGCGGAACCUCUCGAUCUGUCAGAUCUGAAUUUUAAACCAUGUCAAUGUGGUAUGCAGAUCUGUCAGUUUUGCUAUAACAAGCUUCUUGGCACAGAUGCACGUUGUCCGGGAUGUAGAAGACCGUAUGAUGCUAAAGCGGUUGUCUUUCAACCUGUGGAUUGGGAAGAGGUCAAACGGGCAAAGGAAAGAAAGACGAAACGGACAAGAACCAUCAAACAGCUCACUACGAUGGGAAGACGGCAUCUACUUGGGGUCAGAGUCGUCAUGAAGAACAUGGUCUAUGUCAUAGGAAUGAAGCUACCUGCACCGGGAGAUGAUGCAAUACCCAUCCUGCGGUCAAAUGAUUAUUUUGGUCAAUAUGGUAAAAUAUCCAAAAUAUACCUCAGCGAUCGAACGAAGCUUUCCUCUUCAGCUGUAUCGACCCUCACACCGGAUGACCCAUCCACUGCAACAGGGAUAUAUAUCGUUUACAUUCGUCGAGAAGAUGCCGCUAGAGCUAUAGCGUCAUUGGAUGGGAUACCAGCUCCUCAAGGUCCACCUGGAGCUACGUUAAAGGCAACAUAUGGAACAACCAGAUACUGCGAAGCAUUCCUGAGAAGUCAGAAAUGUGACACGGUCAACUGUCACAAUCUGCAUGAAUGGGGUGGCGAUAGUGAUUGUUUCACCAAGGAAGAUAUGGAAACUGCCUUGAUCAGACCGGCAGAAUAUGACGCUAGACAGAAGCAAACCAUCGUAUCGGCCCCUCAGCCACCUUCUCUAUCUUCCAAAACUGCUUGGCCAAAACCAUCCUCGGAGGAUGUCAACAAUCCUUCAACUGGUCUACCAAGCGCUGCUAGUUGGGGUAAAGGUAUCACUGUCAAAACAACCUCACGUGCCAGCAGUGCGAAUCCUAUCGCUCGGCCGACCAAGAUUGGCAAUUUUGUACCUCUUGGAAAAACCAAUGCUGCGUUCCCCCUCCCCACACCUUCACCGACCAUCCCCAUCAUUAUCAAAGAGAAGAAAGAGAGAAAGUCCACGGCUAUGGCUCGAGGAAAGAGUACCGACUCAUCACAAAGCGCUACUACAGGUAGCGCUCAGACCUCGCCCAAGAAGAAAUCAUCUACCUUACCCCCGCUGUCUUCUACAAAACCCUCUUCUUCAACCUCAGCAGCGCCACCUCCUCCGCCUGGGUUACCUGUUGUGUCCAGUACAUUAGCCCUAUCCUCAUUAUCAGCUGCGGAAUCUGUAGAUGACGCAAUAGAUGAGCAAGCUUCAGCAGAUUCUGAUGCAGGACCAUCUUCAGCUUCACCCGCUCCUCGAACACCUUCUCGAGAUGCCGACGAGAUCUCACCGGAGCCUUUAUCAACGGAACCAAUUAUCAUUCACUCCCCUUACCCCGAACCCGUCAUCUUUUCCUUCCCCGCACACGACAAAGACUUUGCUUUCGUACUUGGGCUGGAUGAAUCGGAAUUGCAGAGAAGGCAAGCACAAGCUGGAGGAUACGAGCCUAGUCCUUUCAGUAAAACAUUGGAAGGUUUGGCGGAGCUUGGUGUUCAUGCUCCUGAACUACCAGACCUGUUUGACGCACCUUCACGCCGAGGAUCUUUAGGAUACAACGGGUUGUUCCGACCAUUUGACACAAUGGAAGAGGAUUCACCUUCGACAUCAGAUAACACACCAGGACCUUCUCGUUUGAGACAAGACGAUCACAAUGCUCAACGAACGGAAUCAAGAUUCGGCUUUGCUAGACCAAUAUCAAGUGCUUCAAGAGGGCAAAGUCCCUUCAGUAGUAUGAGAAGAAGCGUAGCUGAGCAAUCUGGGUUAAGGGAUGGAUGGCUUUCCCGUGAUCAGCCCAACGAAGAAUCGUUAGUUCAGCACCAACAAUAUCAACAACAACAGAAUGACCCCAGAUCGGCUGCACUCACGGCUCAAGUAGCGUCAUUCAUCGGAAGUUAUGACUCUUCAGGGGCAGCUGAAAGUGGAUGGGCAGGAGAUUCAGCUUACUCAGCUUCCCCAUCGCACCAACGUCAACUAGGUAUGCAAGGUUACGAGAGAAGUGAGAGAGGUAGAAUAGAUCACGGUAAUUUAGUACAAGGUGGUUAUCUGCCAAAAGGACUGAGAUCAGAAAGGGAUGAGUAUGAACCUCCGGUACUACAAUACGGUUCAACCCAAAUCUAUUCUAAUCCCGCUCAUUCCCAAAAUCAACAACGAUCAUUAUUCUCACCCGAUUCUACAUCACAUUCCAUCCAUGAAGAUAACUAUCAGUCACCACUUGCAUUCAGUCAACUUCAAGCUCAGCAGCAACAAACACCCUUGCAGCAUCAACAUCAUCAUCCUGAUGCUAGACAAUUGAUGGCAAUGCAUCAUUCAAGAGGUUCACCUACCCCUCUUGCAGCGCACGCUUAUCGACGCUUUUAA